AUGGAUCUCGCAAGCCUCAUUACUCCGGGUCCCGAUCCCCUCUACAAGCCCCGGGCGUCGUACAGCCCUGUUGCUGCGGGCUCAUACUUCCCAUCGGUCCCGAAAUCGUAUUCGCGCACACCGCAGCCGCCCCUCUCCCCGCCAGUGGACGAUGUCCCCAAAUGCUCUCUUCCUUCCAUCUCCUCUCUCCUGGAAGGUGCCGAAGGUGCCGCAAUGCACGCAGCCAAGCGCCAAAGAACUACCCCGCCAUUGCACGGGGAGGCAGAAAUCCGGUCUCAGGCUAAAGUCCGCGAGACCUUCGCUCCCAGCGGACCUCACACCAACAUGCCGCCCACUCCGCCGUUGCGACCUGGCUCAGGUUUCCACAGCAAUGGCCACUCUCCGUCCGUAUCUUCUGUCUCGGCCAUCAAGACGGAAUCCUACCCCCCGACGCAAAUGAGCUUGCCUAGUCCCACGGACCGGUCCUCGAUCUCGAGCCAGGGCUCCGUUCAGCAUGCUCCUUAUGUUUCCCCCGCUCCCAGCGUGGCUUCCUACUCGUCUCCCAUCGACCCGCCUGCCUCGUCCGCUGUAUACUACCAAAGACCCAGAUCGUCGGGUUACCAGAGCGCGCCCGCGCAAGCUGCUCCUCUGCCGUCUUCCUCGACUCAACAAAUGAUCCCUCAGGUCGCCAACGCCUGGCAACAUCAUCACUACUUCCCCCCUUCCACCGCCGGAGCGUUCCAGCAGAACCAUGACCGAUACAUCUGUCGCACCUGCCACAAGGCCUUCUCCCGUCCUUCCAGCCUCCGCAUUCACUCUCACAGCCACACCGGCGAGAAGCCCUUCCGUUGCACUCACGCAGGAUGCGGCAAGGCCUUCAGUGUACGGAGUAACAUGAAGCGUCACGAACGGGGCUGCCACACCGGUCGACCAGUCGCUACCGCCAUGGUCUAA